UCACCCUGGCGACCAGGGAGGAGCAGAGCAACGCCCUUUCCGCCGGAAGUAGGUGACAGGGUCUCCACGUGCCGUCCCUCCCCCCUCCCGCCCGGUAGCGGCAGCUCUGCUGCUGCCGCCAUGGAGCCUGCUGGCCUGGAACAAAUCCUACGAGAGCUGCUGUUGCCGGAUACCAAACGCAUCCGCCGGGCCACCGAGCAGCUCCAGAUCGCUCUUCGGGACCCCGCCGCCUUGCCCGCGCUCUGCAACCUACUGACUUCGGCCACCGACCCUCAGAUCCGCCAGUUCGCGGCGGUGCUGACCCGUAGAAGACUGAGCACGCGCUGGAGACGCCUGCCAGCUGAGCAACGCACGAGCCUCAAGUCCCUAAUCCUAACAGCCUUGCAGACAGAGACAGAGCAUUCUGUGAGCCUCAGCCUGGCCCAGCUUGCAGCCACCAUUUUUCGAAAGGAAAGCCUGGAGACCUGGCCUCAGCUCAUGCAGCUUCUUCAGCAAAGUACUCAUAGCCUCUACAGGCCUGAGAGAGAGAUGGGGUUUUUGCUGCUGAGUGUGGUGGUGACUUCCCAGCCUGAGAUCUUCCAGCUCCACCUCCAGGAACUUCUUCGGCUUUUGAAUGACACUCUUAGUGAGGUGGGCUCUCCUGGACUGCUUUUCUACUCCCUGCGCACUCUGACUACCAUGGCCCCCUACCUCAGCACUGAUGAUGUGGCUCUUGCACGGAUGUUGGUGCCCAAGCUCAUUGUGGCUGUGAAGACUCUGAUCCCCAUAGAUGAGGCAAAGGCCUGUGAGGCUCUGGAGGCCCUGGAUGAACUGCUGGAGUCGGAGGUGCCCAUCAUCACUCCCCACCUCUUUGAGGUCCUUACAUUCUGCCUGGAGGUGGCUAGCAACAUGGGCCUGGGCGAUGGAAUACGUGUACGUAUUCUCUGUUGCCUCACCUUCUUGGUCAAAGUCAAGAGUAAGGCCAUACUUAAGAAUCGUCUCCUGCCUCCUUUGCUGCACACCCUUUUCCCCAUUAUGGCUGCUGAACCACCCAUGGGCCAGUUGGAUCCUGAAGACCAGGAUUCUGAAGAGGAAGAGUUGGAGAUUGGACUUAUGGGGGAGACUCCCAAGCACUUUGCUGUGCAGGUUGUGGACAUGCUGGCACUGCAUCUUCCCCCUGAGAAGCUCUGUCCCCAGCUGAUGCCCAUGCUGGAAGAGGCCUUGCGGAGUGAGAACCUGUACCAGCGCAAAGCUGGGCUCCUGGUGUUAGCUGUACUGUCUGAUGGAGCUGGUGACCACAUCAGGCAAAGACUGCUGUCCCCACUGCUGCAGAUUGUGUGUAAAGGCCUGGAAGACCCUUCACAGGUUGUGCGCAACGCUGCACUGUUUGCCCUGGGCCAGUUCUCAGAGAACCUACAGCCUCAUAUUUGCAGCUAUUCAGGGGAGGUAAUGCCGUUGCUCCUUGCCUACCUGAAGUCAGUGCCUCCAGGGCACACACACCACCUAGCCAAGGCCUGCUAUGCCCUGGAGAACUUUGUGGAGAACCUAGGGCCCAAAGUGCAGCCUUACCUUCCGGAGCUUAUGGACUGUGUGCUGCAGCCUCUGAGGAACCCCAGCAGCCCCCGGGCCAAGGAGCUGGCUGUGAGCGCCCUGGGGGCCAUUGCCACAGCUGCUCAAGCCUCUCUGCUGCCCUACUUCCCCACCAUCAUGGAGCAUCUGCGGGAAUUCCUAUUGACAGGCCACGAAGACCUUCAGCCUGUGCAGAUCCAGAGUCUGGAGACGCUGGGGGUGCUGGCACGAGCAGUAGGGGAGCCCAUGCGGCCUCUGGCUGAGGAAUGCUGUCAGUUGGGGCUGGGCUUAUGUGACCAGGUAGACGACCCUGACUUGCGGCGCUGCACGUACAGCUUGUUUGCAGCCUUAUCGGGGUUGAUGGGUGAGGGCCUGGCACCCCACCUGCCACAAAUCACCACACUCAUGCUGUUGUCACUGCGUUCCACUGAAGGCAUUGUGCCUCAGUAUGAUGGAAGCAGUUCCUUCCUUCUGUUUGAUGAUGAGAGCAAUGAGGAGGAAGAGGAAGAGCUCAUGGAUGAUGACAUGGAAGAGGACGAUGACUCUGAGAUCUCAGGGUAUAGUGUGGAGAAUGCCUUCUUUGAUGAGAAGGAAGAUACCUGCGCUGCGCUAGGAGAGAUCUCUGUGAACACCAGUGUUGCCUUCCUUCCAUACAUGGAGAGUGUUUUUGAAGAAGUAUUCAAACUGCUGGAGUGUCCUCACUUGAAUGUGCGGAAGGCAGCCCAUGAGGCCCUGGGUCAGUUCUGCUGUGCACUGCACAAGGCCUGCCAAAGCUGCCCCUCAGAACCCAACAAUGCAGCUCUGCAGGCUGCCCUGGCUCGGGUGGUGCCAUCCUACAUGCAGGCAGUGAAAGGAGAACGAGAGCGCCAGGUGGUGAUGGCCGUGCUGGAGGCCCUGACUGGGGUGCUGCGCAGUUGUAGAGCCCUGACACUGCAGCCCCCCGGGCGCCUUGCUGAACUCUGCAGUGUGCUCAAGGCUGUGCUGCAAAGGAAGACAGCCUGUCAGGACUCCAAUGAGGAGGAAGAGGAUGACGAUCAGGCUGAAUACGAUGCCAUGUUGCUAGAGCAUGCUGGAGAGGCCAUCCCUGCCCUGGCAGCUGCAGCUGGGGGAGAAGCCUUUGCUCCCUUCUUUGCUGGCUUCUUGCCAUUAUUGCUGUGUAAGACGAAGCAGGGCUGCACAGUGGCAGAGAAGUCCUUUGCAGUGGGGACACUGGCAGAGUCCAUUCAGGGUCUAGGUGCUGCUUCAGCUCAGUUUGUGUCUCGGCUGCUCCCUGUGCUGUUGAGCACUGCCCGGGAGGCAGACCCUGAGGUGCGGAGCAAUGCCAUUUUUGGGUUGGGUGUACUUGCAGAACAUGGGGGCCGCCCUGCUCAAGACCAUUUCCCUAAGCUACUCGGCCUCCUUUUGCCCCUUCUGGCACGUGAGCGACAUGAUCGUGUCCGGGACAACAUCUGUGGGGCUCUCGCUCGCCUCCUAAUGGCCAGUCCGACAAGGAAACCAGAGCCCCAGGUGCUGGCUGCCCUGCUGCAUGCCCUGCCACUGAGGGAAGACUUGGAAGAGUGGGUCACCAUAGGGCACCUCUUCAGCUUCCUGUAUCAGAGCAGCCCUGACCAGGUAGUAUAUGUGGCUCCUGAGCUCUUGCGGAUCUACAGUCUCGUUCUGGCAGACAACAAGAUUCCACCAGACACCAAGGCUGCACUGCUGCUGCUCCUCUCAUUCCUGGCCAAACAACAUGCCGACAGCUUCCAUACAGCGCUGGGCUCUCUGCCUGCUGACAAGAUUCAGGAGCUCCAGGCCAUGCUGGGCCUCACGUAGACUACAGGCUGCAGCCGGGCCAGAGAGUAGAGCCUGCCAAGCCAUAAGACCACCUCUCAGCCCAAUUCUAGCUCACUCAUGCCUUACCAAAGAUUCUGGGCCUCAUAUCCACUUGGACUCAGCCCUGCUUGCUGCAUAACAGGGAUGCUCCCAGGGCCAGAUGCAUUGCAAGUGGAAUCAUGACAUACUGUAAUAAAGGCAGUUUGUUUUCUGCUUGGACA